UGAUGCAGGGGGAAACAUUGACCGUGGCGUCCACACCGGACUGCAUAACGGUACUCCGAGACGAACGCAACGACCCCCUGUGGCGGGAGACGCAAGUCGGCUGCAAGGUUCUUCUGCUGCUACAGGAGAUUCACAAGUUCAAUAUUACCUAUACCGAAGGCUAUCACCACGAUGAAAAGGGCUUGUAUGUCGAUGACGUGGACAUCUUUGCCAAGCCUUGGUCCCUUUGGUCUCCCAUCAUGGUUAACUGCACACCAAUUGCGCCUGUAAUGGAUUGGAAGUUCGGAUACAUCCUUCGUCGCCCUAUCCCCAACAUUCAGCACUUCUACAGCCUCGCAUUCUCGACACCGACGUGGAACGUUAUAGCCGCCAUGAUUCUGCUGGUUUCCGUGCUGUUUUACAUCCUCAACCGAGCCGAACAGAAGCUGUUAGGGGAAAACCUCAAGUGCUACUUUUGGAGGGAGCUGCUGACUGCGUUUGGAAUCAUCUGUCAGCAUUACAUUUCAAUAAGCCCAAUGGAAUUAACAUCGCGUCGCAUCGCGUUUAUCAGCUUCUCCUUGUUCUCCUACAUAAUAUAUUGUUACUAUACAUCUACCCUGCUCUCCGACUUAGUGCAUGACAGAGACAACGAGAUGGACUUGGAGAGUUUAGGCGAGAGCGAUUAUGAACAUGCCGUUUUGGAUACCGUGGCUGAUACAAUCAAGGUUGUUGUAGAGCAGCUCCAUAAUAAUAAUAAAUUGUCUUCCCAACGCCUGAGCUUAAUGCAGAAUAAGUUGACCAACCAUCGUUUGGUAAAUAUAAGCACGGGUCUCGCCGAGGUAAAGUCGAGCAAAACAGCUCUCCUGUCCGACUAUGUCUCUAUACAUUCCGCUGUGAUACAGUCGUUCACCGACUCCGAAGUAUGUGAUCUUAUUAAAGUUGAUAUGUUUUCGAACGUUCUCAAAUACCUUGUUACAUCCAAAAAUUUCAAAUACAUCGAGGAAUUCAAAAUGAGCACACUGCGGGCCCGAGAAGCCGGUGUGCUUCACCGGUUACUCUCUCCGCACACGGCCCAACAUUUUGAAACUAGUGAAUGCGUCAGUGCGCACUUCCAAGCGCACUUCGGCCUCGUCAGAAAACCGUUCAUCAUACUGGUGUUAGGAUAUGUGCUGUGCGGCUUCAUAUUGUUGGCUGAAAGAGUGCAUUAUAAUAGGUAUAAGGUUUGGCCGUAUGUGAACUAGAAUACUUAUAUUUUAGCUACGAUCGUGCCAUUACGUGCACACCAGUGGCCUAUCCCACAAAACUUACAAUUACAAUUUUACAAGUGUCAAGUUACAAGUUUGUAAUGAUACAAAUGUGCGUACCACAAAAUAUACAAGUAACAAAUUUGUAGUGGAAAAUUCUUACAAAUAUGUAAAUUGUAUCGACAGGUCUACAAUUUAUUGUAUCACAAAACUUUACAUACGCUACAUAGUUUUUCCGGAAAACGUACAAAUUUGUAGCUGACAAUUGUUUUGUGCUACAUUAAAUUGUAGUAAUAAUUAUACAUAUAUGUAGAAUUGUACCUACAAGUUAACAAUUCUCUAAACGUGUGUCGCAACCUCUAGCUACAGUUGUUACUAUACGACAAUAUUACUUCAAAACUAAGUAGUGGCAUCCAAUCCAAUACACACCUUCUGCCAAAAUUUCAUCAAUAUUCGUUUGAUAGUUUGAUGCUUGUGACAUAUACAUUGGUGUAGUAAUGUAAGUUUGCACUUUAUUAAAUAGAUAAAGAAAAUAAAUAAAAAUAAAAUAAAAUAUGAAAAGAAAGACAGACGGACAUAUCGCAAUUAAAAGUGUUCCGUUUUUGCCAUUUUAGCUGUGGAACCAUGAAAAGCGUUACAAUUUGGAGAUCCUCAUAUGUCAUGAAUUUCAUAUGUAUAACCCCAAUUUUGCUUAGCUUUAAUUUAAUUUACGAAAUAUUACCGAUAUAGGUACCUACUGGAUAAGAAAAAAAUGCAUACUCAAAUUGAGCUUAGCAUCUUACGCCUUUUCCAAUUUUGCCACAUAGUGUCCCUUAAGUAUUCCCAAUCUUUCUGGUCGUUUCUCAAAAAGUUGGCACCGCCAGGUUAACGUUAACGUUUUUCAAAAAUUUUGCAUUUUCGCAUUUUUUUUUAUUGGGAUCGUUAAAAGGCAACAUUAGCUAUUAGAAAAUGUGGA